AUGGCCAGCGCCAAGUUCAAGCAACCGCCGCAGGCGCCACCACUCUUCACCCACACGGCCGAGUCCAUCAUCAGCGAGACCGAGCGACUGAAUGCUGAGUACAAGAAGGACCUCGACGAGAUUGUAGCAAAGGUCAAGCCUGAGAAUGCCACCUUCAAGAACACCAUUGGCCCCAUUCUCGUGGACGACGACGGCUCGGCUGUCCUCCGUCGGGUCCUCAACUUCUACCAGCACACCAGCCCCGAUGCGAAGCUGCGCGAUGCGUCGACCAAGGCGGACGACAUUACGAGCGACUUUGAUAUCGAGUGCAAGAUGCGUCAGGACGUCUUUGACGUAGUCGAGGCAGCCUUCAACCAGCGCGAGUCCGAGAAGCUGGACACCGAGUCCCUGCGCGUGCUGGAGAAGGAGCGCAAGAGGUAUGUCCGCAAUGGACUGCUGAUUCCUGACGGCCCCAAGAGGGACCGCUUCAAGGAAGUGCAGAAGCGCCUGGCGCAACUCUGCAUCCAGUGCCAGAAGAACCUGAACGAGGACAAGAGUGCUAUCUGGUUCACCCCUGAAGAGCUGGAUGGUGUACCAGAGGACGACAUCAACAUUGCCGAUCUCGAAAAGGGCACAGGCGAGAAUGAGGGCAAGGUCAAGUUGACCUUCAAAUACACUCACUUCUUCCCUGUUGUCAAGUACGCCAAGAACGCGGAGACAAGGUCGCGCUACGUGAUCGAAGAUGCCAACAAGGCCAACCACAACGUGCCCCUCUUCCAAGAGAUCCUCGAGCUUCGCGAUGAGGCCGCCCGCCUGCUCGGGUACCCAAAUCACGCGACCGUCAACAUUGAGGAGAAGAUGGCCAAGUCGCCGGCCAAGGUCAAUGAGUUCUUGGGCGAUCUCAGGACCAGACUAGCCGAGGGUGGCAAGAAGGAUGUCGCUGCUCUGCUCGAGUACAAGAAGAAGGACUACGCUGAGCGUGGAGAGGAUUUUGAUGGCAACUUCUACAUGUGGGACACAUCCUUCUACUCUCGCAUCAUGAAGGAGAAGGAGUACAAUGUCGAUGAGAUCAAGAUCUCACAAUACUUCCCGGUCGAAUCGACCUUUAACGGUAUGCUCAAAAUCUUUGAGGAGAUCUUUGGUCUGCUCUUUGUCGAGGUCACGGGAGACGACCGCAAACAAAUCAGCAAGACGGGCAAGGCCGAGGACAUUGUUUGGCAUGAUGAGGUCCGCCUGUACUCUGUCUGGAACGACGAGGCUGAUGGUGGCGAGUUCGUUGGCUACCUCUACAUCGACCUGCACCCCCGCGAGGGCAAGUACUCACACAACGCCAACUUCAACCUGGAGCCUGGCUACAUUCGAACUGACGGAUCGCGCAAUUACCCUGCGACCGCAUUGGUCUGCAACUUUAGCAAGCCAUCGGGCAAGAAGCCCUCUUUGCUCAAGCAUAAUGAGGUGGUGACGCUCUUCCACGAGCUGGGCCACGGUAUCCAUGACCUGGUUGGCCGCACCCAGUACAGCUACUUCCACGGCACGAGCGUGGUGGGUGACUUUGUCGAGGCACCCUCCCAGAUGCUGGAGAACUGGUGCUGGACACCGUCCGUGCUGAAGUCGCUGUCGCGCCACUGGGAGUCUGGCGAGACCAUCCCCGACGACCUGGUGUCGAAGCUCAUUGCGACAAAGAACCUCAAUUCCGCUACAUCGAACCUGGCGCAGGUGCUGAUUGGCACCUUUGACAUGACGAUUCACAGCCCCGAGUCGCACGAGGCUAUCAAGAAGAUGGACGCUGGCAGGCUAUGGAACCAGCUCCGUCACGACAUUUCGGGCAUCAAGGGCCCAGAGGACAUUGGCAAGGGAUAUAACUGGGGUAAUCGCCAUGCUAAUAUUGGCCACUUCAUUGGUGGCUACGACGCUGGCUACUACGGCUAUCUCUGGUCCGAGGUCUUCUCUACCGACAUGUUCCACACUCAUUUCAAGGCGAAUCCCAUGGACAAGGAGCAAGGCCGCCGGUACCGCAAGGUCGUGCUGGAGAAGGGCGGUGCCCAGGACGAGAUGGAGUUCUUGACAGAGUUCCUGGGUCGGGCACCAAGCACAGAAUCCUUCUAUCGCGAGCUGGGCUUGGCGUAA